GGGCUAUUUGUGCUAUCUGUCGCUCGCAGGGCUGCAGUGCUAACGGGGCAAGCAGGUUGGCAGAUGGGCCCCUUGCUUCUCUGCUUGGCUUUUAACUUGGGGCAGUGCUGGUCUCCUCGUCUCCUCACUGGCAAAGCAUGGCCCAUCGCCUCCGCUUGCAUUUUGGCUCGGCGAGAAGCAACACGGCCCCCGAGUCGGAGAUCCUCGCCCGCGAGAGAGAAGAGGAUUUCUUCAUGGCAUUCCACACUCUGCCAAGGAGAAGCAGCCCUCACGCCUUGGCCCGCCACGCAGCAGAUGAUGGUGGUGGGAGGGAUGUGCAGGAAGUGGGCUCCCUCAAAAGGAGCACAUCCAUGUUCAUCCCCCAGCUGCUGAGCGCUGUGGAUGCGCGUCCAACCAGGAGCUCCUCCAUGCAGAUCUCCCUCCAGCGCUCGGCUGCCAACGGCUGCAUGGAAUCUCCUCAGGAAUCUCCUGAGGAAACGCUUCCUUGUAAACCCCAUGUGGAAACCCAUCCUUCUUCUCCAGAGGGCACCCCGGAAAAUUCCCCUCCCAGGCUGCUGGAAGCCGUGGGACAAGGAAUUAAUGGAACAGUUUGCUGUAAUCGCAGGGUAUUCCGUACUCUUCCUCCCAAGCAGCAGAGCGAGGAUGCUUCAGCAGCUUCCCAAGGAGAUGAGGCAGCUUCAGCUUUAAACAUCAGUGGUGUGAGGAUUCAGCAUCGGGCUUCAAGCACAGACAUGCCUCAGGUUACUCUACUCCCCUUUGGUCCUGAGGCUGGAAAUAACAUUCCCGAACCCCGGCGCUGGUCCCUGCAGCAUGUGCCUGAUAUGGGAGCAACCGCAGGGAAGAAGCUCUUUGUGCUCCAGUUACAGCAGCCACACACGAGUGGCACAGGAGGUGAAUACAACUUUGGCUUUACUGGCACAAAAGGGGACAGGCUGGUGCGGUACCCUCGGAUCCGGCUGGAAAGGAGCACUUCCCACCCCAUCCCGCCUCCAGCAGAAGAAGGGAAGCCCGUGGAUGGUGGCUUGAGUUCGGAAGCGCCCAGGAACAGCUCUGACACCUCUCAGAGCACAAAGGAACGGCUUCCUCAGGGAUGUCUCUUCAAAAUCAGACCAGAGCAGAAGCACUUCCGCAUUCUUGUCACCCGGGGUCCUGAGGAACAGGCUCAGGGGCUUGGCCAGGAGGGUCCUGCACCAACCAGCACCACAACCAGAGACGACUUCCUGGGUCAGGUGGAUGUGCCCCUCAGUCACCUCCCGACUGAAGACCCCACCAUGGAAAGACCAUACACCUUUAAGGACUUCCUGCUCAGACCAAGAAGCCACAAGUCUCGUGUAAAGGGCUUCUUGAGGCUGAAGAUGGCCUACAUGCCUAAGAACGGUGGCCAGGAGGAGGACAGCAGUGAUCAAAGGGAUGACUCUGAGCAUGGAUGGGAUGUGGUUGAUUCCAGUGACUCCGCAUCUCAACGCCAGGAGGAGUUACCACCUCCUCCGCUGCCUCCUGGGUGGGAAGAGAAGGUGGACAACCUGGGCAGGACUUACUACGUCAACCAUAACAACAGGACUACCCAGUGGCAUCGACCAAGCUUGAUUGACGUGGGCUCCGAGUCAGACAACAACAUCAGGCAGAUCAACCAGGAGGCUGCCCAUCGGCGGUUCCGCUCUCGGAGGCACAUCAGUGAGGACCUGGAGCCAGAGCCAAUGGAGAGUGGAGACAUUCCUGAGCCUUGGGAAACCAUUUCAGAGGAGGCAAGUGCAAGUGGAGAUUCCCUAAGCUUGUCAUUGCCACCUCCUCCUGCAUCUCCAGUGUCCCGUCCCAGUCCUCAGGAGCUUUCUGAGGAACUGAGCAGAAGACUGCAGGUCACUCCUGAUUCCAAUGGGGAACAACUCAGUUCUUUGAUUCAAAGGGAUCCUACUUCAAGAUUAAGAUCCUGCAGCGUAACGGACACAGUUGCUGAACAGUCUCAGCUCUCCUUGGAGAGUGGUCCAGCGAGGAGAGCUCGUUCUUCAACUGUCACAGGGGGUGAGGAGCCAACGCCCUCCGUGGCCUAUGUCCACACCACCCCAGGCCUCCCAUCGGGCUGGGAAGAGCGGAAGGAUGCCAAGGGCAGGACCUACUACGUCAACCACAACAACCGAACCACCACGUGGACACGGCCCAUCAUGCAGCUGGCAGAAGAUGGGAUGGUGGGGUCAGGAGCCAACAGCAGCAACCACCUCAGUGAACCCCAGAUCAGGCGGCCCCGCAGCCUCAGCUCACCCACCGUGACCCUCUCUGCUCCACUGGAGGGUAUGAAGGACUCCCCGGUGCGCAGGGCGGUGAAGGACACCCUCUCCAACCCCCAGUCUCCACAGCCCUCCCCUUACAACUCCCCUAAACCACAACAUAAAGUUGCUCAAAGCUUCCUCCCGCCUGGCUGGGAGAUGCGGAUAGCGCCCAACGGCCGGCCCUUCUUCAUUGACCACAACACCAAAACCACCACGUGGGAGGACCCAAGGCUGAAAUUCCCAGUGCAUUUGAGAUCAAAAGCAUCUUUGAACCCAAAUGAUUUGGGCCCUCUUCCUCCUGGUUGGGAGGAAAGAAUACACCUGGAUGGAAGAACGUUCUAUAUAGACCAUAGAAGCCAGGUGUUGAUUUGUGGAGACAUUGAUACCAGAGACUUAGUGCCCUCGUACGAUAAUAAGAUCACCCAGUGGGAAGACCCCAGGCUUCAGAACCCAGCCAUUACUGGUCCAGCAGUUCCCUACUCCAGGGAGUUCAAACAGAAGUAUGACUAUUUCCGGAAGAAGUUGAAGAAACCAGCCGAUAUCCCGAACCGCUUUGAGAUGAAACUCCACAGAAAUAACAUCUUUGAGGAGUCCUACAGAAGAAUCAUGUCUGUGAAGAGACCUGACGUGCUCAAAGCCAGGCUCUGGAUUGAGUUUGAGUCCGAGAAAGGACUUGACUAUGGAGGGGUGGCCAGAGAGUGGUUUUUCCUCUUGUCCAAGGAGAUGUUUAACCCUUAUUACGGUCUCUUUGAGUAUUCAGCAACGGACAACUACACACUUCAGAUUAAUCCUAAUUCAGGUCUCUGUAAUGAAGAUCACUUGUCCUACUUCACCUUCAUCGGCCGCGUGGCUGGGCUGGCCGUGUACCACGGCAAGCUCCUGGAUGGCUUCUUCAUCAGACCUUUCUACAAGAUGAUGCUGGGGAAACCAAUAACUCUGAAGGACAUGGAGUCAGUGGACAGUGAAUACUACAACUCCUUGAAGUGGAUCCUGGAAAACGACCCUACGGAGCUGGAUCUCAUGUUCUGCAUCGAUGAGGAGAACUUUGGCCAGACAUAUCAAGUGGACCUGAAGCCCAACGGCUCCGAAAUCAUGGUGACGAAUGAGAACAAGCGGGAGUACAUCGACCUGGUCAUCCAGUGGAGGUUUGUGAACAGAGUGCAGAAGCAGAUGAAUGCUUUCCUGGAGGGAUUCACAGAGCUGCUGCCUAUCGAUCUGAUUAAGAUUUUUGAUGAAAAUGAACUCGAGCUGCUGAUGUGCGGCCUCGGCGACGUGGAUGUCAAUGACUGGAGACAACACACCAUCUACAAGAACGGCUACUGCCCCAACCACCCUGUCAUCCAGUGGUUCUGGAAGGCUGUUCUGCUGAUGGAUGCUGAGAAACGGAUCCGGCUGCUGCAGUUCGUCACGGGGACCUCACGUGUGCCUAUGAAUGGAUUUGCUGAACUCUAUGGUUCAAAUGGUCCUCAGCUGUUUACAAUAGAGCAAUGGGGAAGUCCUGAUAAACUGCCCAGAGCUCACACAUGCUUUAAUCGCCUCGACUUACCUCUCUAUGAAUCCUUUGAAGACCUGCGGGAGAAGCUCCUGAUGGCGGUGGAGAACGCGCAAGGCUUUGAAGGAGUGGAUUAGCUGUCCCGCCUCUCCCUGCACUCACUCUGCUUGGCCCGAGGGCCCGUGGUGACUCUGGCACAGCCGUGCCCGGCGCUGCCUCACGGAGCAAACCCUGCGGGGUCCCACUCCAGGAGUUGAACUGUGCCCUGGGGGGGCCGGCCCCGUGCCAUGGACUGAGGCCGGUCCAGCAGGACUUGCUCUAUUUAUGUUGUGCCUCUGUAGGCAAAGCCCUUAAUAAAUAUUUUACAUAAUUUCUAAUGGCAAUGAAUGGGAUUAAUCCUUUUCCAGGUAUAGUAUUCCAGCUCAUGUUUACUUUUCCAUUGAUUUAGCCAGUUUCAGAUUUUAUUUCCUUACAAUUAAAUAUCAUCUACUUGGACAACUGAGCAUUUUUCUUAAUUUCAUACCAGACUGGAGGCCAGUGGCAUUCUCUCAAAGCACACUUUGAGCCUCGUGUUCCCCAACCAUGAAGGAGGUAGGAAGAGGCUGGGAAGCUCCUCGACGUGGCUGCGUGGCGAGAGCAACUCCUCCCUGAGCACAGCAGUGUUUUCCUGGCUCCAGAAGCACGGACUGGACAUUGCAUUGUGUAUAAAUAUGGGGCUGGUUCCAGGCAGGGGAGCACCACACACACCAUAGCAUGCCAAAUCUCAUGUCCAGUAACCAAACUGCUGCACCACUGGUAAUACAUACAUGUACUAUAACUACUAUGUGGGGUAGGGUUGGCAUCAAGCAUUUCAGGUGCUGAACCCUGGCCUUACCUUUGUACAGUGGUUCUGUAUCUCCCUUCCCAGGCGUUUUGGAUGGAUCCUGGCACUGUGGGAUUUGGCACUAUGGAAAACCAACCUGUUUGGCUCAGCUCUGGACGUGUUUGCUCCCAACAGCUAAACACCACCGGGGCUGGGUUUGUUUGGAACUGCACCGACUCUAAAGGCACUUUAUGUAAUCCAUGGAAAGUCAUAUCUGGUUUUAUCAGCACAUUAAUGUGAUUCUGUUCCUCACUGCACAUGUCUCUCUGGUGCAAUAUCUAUCACUUGUGAACUUGGCUGCUGCUGCUGCUGUAUAAAGGAAAACCCCAGCUGUAGAGCUGAGCCUGCAGACAUGGUUUUGUGAUUUCUUUUUUACUUAAUCACAAAGAUUUAUUUACUAUACUCUGCUAUCUCUCUCCUCCAUUUUGUUACCUCUGCCAUGUUGCAUGCCUGAACUAUACUGUCUGAGUUGCAUCUCUUUUGUGACGGAUUAAAAGUGACGAUUCCUA